GGGGCGCGGCGGGCGGGGCCGCGCCGGCAGCUGCGAGCUCCCCUUUGGCCUGUUAAUCCACUCGCCGGCCCCUCAACCUGGAGCAGCGACGUUAUUGGCUCUUCUCCGGGUGUGGGCACUUCCUGCUCGGACCUUAUCCUAGGAAUGUCCUAAUUCUUUCCGUGGGGACAACUUCACUCUAAGCCCGGGAUUCUGAUCCAAGAACGGGCAGUUGACAGCUCGGUUGCCUUGCUCCCGUAUCCGCCUUUUCUGACCAUCUCAUUUUCUUCAGGAUUGUCAGUGGGUUCGCCCCGAGGAGAGCUGACUGCCCGGGGCUGCUGCUGCUGGCCUCCAGCAGAGCCGAGCCAAAAUGUCCCCGGAAUCCAAAAAGCUUUUCAACAUCAUUAUUUUAGGAGUUGCCUUUAUGUUUAUGUUCACCGCCUUUCAAACUUGUGGAAAUGUGGCGGUGAGUUGGAAUCUGUUCUUCCUUUGAAGUUCCUAUCAUAAUGCAUUCGAAGAUGAUAGUAAGCUUUCUUUGUAUGUAAGAGCGCAUUUAAAUUGCCCCAUUUAUUUUCUCACCUAUUCUUCCUCAUUUUUUAUAGUUAGGUUGGAUUUUAUAUGUCAGACGUUUUUUCUUAAUGUGUGAUUGUCAUUACCGUUUAUCUCUCUGAUUCAAUUUGGGAUAUGGAUGUUGGCCUAGUUAUUUUAUUGUCUGCAUUAAGCUAUACGUUAGCGCUUGGAUAGUUAGGGAAAUAAAACUGAAGACACAGUUACAGCUGUUCUCUCUCUUCUCAGCUUACUGUCUCCAGUUGUGCAGUCUUGUCUUUUCUCUUGGUUAAUUUUCAGCAUUCUUAAGCCUUGAUGUUCAUUGACGGAUUGUGAAUUUUGACUUCAUUUUCUAUCUUUGAGUACCUGGAAACAGAUUUCAGCAGGGACAGAGAUUACAUAAACGUUGCCGUUGAUUAGUUCUAUCUUUCACACAGCAAACUGUCAUCAGGAGCUUAAACAGCACGGAUUUUCAUGGCAGUGGAUAUACCAGUAGAGAAAUUUCAUCCGAUUUCCAGGAGUUGCAGGCUGUUUGGAGAACAGAUUGAUUGACCAGGGGCUCUGGAGUCAGAUUGCCAGGGUUGGAAUCCUGGCUUCACCGUACAUCAGCUAUACAGCUAGACCUUUUGCAUGGCAAUUAUUUACGGAGUGUUCUCUGCUUCAAAUUUGAUCACACCGUCUGUGGUUGCCAUUGUGGGGCCUCAGCUCUCCAUGUUUGCUAGCGGUUUAUUUUACAGCAUGUACAUUGCCGUUUUUAUCCAGCCUUUCCCGUGGUCCUUCUACACGGCCUCGGUUUUCAUUGGAAUUGCAGCAGCUGUUCUUUGGACGGCACAGGGAAACUGCCUGACGGUGAAUUCAGAUGAACACACUAUUGGGAGGAACAGCGGGAUUUUCUGGGCACUCUUACAGUCAAGCUUGUUCUUUGGAAACCUCUACAUAUAUUUUGCUUGGCAAGGGAAAACUCAAAUAUCAGAGAGCGACCGAAGGACGGUGUUUAUUGCCCUGACAGUGAUUAGCCUUGUGGGGACAGUUCUGUUCUUUCUCAUUAGGAAACCAGAUUCCGAAAAUGUCCUGGGAGAAGAUGAAUCUUCCGAUGACCAAGACCUGGAAGUCAAUGAGUCUCCGCAGAACAAUCUGACAAAGGCAGUAGAUGCAUUUCAAAAGUCUCUUAAGUUAUGUGUCACCAAGGAGAUGCUCCUUCUUAGUGUUACAACUGCUUAUACAGGCCUGGAAUUGACUUUCUUCUCUGGUGUCUAUGGAACCUGUAUCGGUGCAGUCAAUAAAUUUGGGACAGAAGAGAAAAGCCUCAUUGGACUUUCUGGCAUUUUCAUCGGCAUUGGAGAAAUUUUAGGUGGCAGCCUCUUUGGCCUGCUGAGCAAGAACAAUCGCUUUGGUAGGAACCCGGUUGUGCUGUUGGGCAUCCUGGUGCAUUUUGUAGCUUUUUACUUAAUAUUUCUCAACAUGCCUGCCGACGCCCCCAUUGCUCCUGUUGAAGGAACUGAUAGCAGUGCUUACAUCAAUUCCAGCAAGGAAGUUGCCAUCCUCUGCAGUUUUCUGUUGGGUCUUGGAGACAGCUGCUUCAAUACGCAGCUCCUGAGCAUUUUAGGUUUUCUCUAUUCUGAAGACAGUGCACCGGCUUUCGCAGUCUUCAAGUUUGUCCAGUCCAUUUGUGCAGCCGUGGCGUUUUUCUACAGCAACUACCUUCUCCUUCACUGGCAACUCCUGGUCAUGGUGAUGUUUGGGUUCUUUGGAACGAUCUCAUUCUUCGCUGUGGAAUGGGAAGCUGCUGCCAUUGUAGCCCGGGGCUCCGACUACCGAAGUAUUUGACCCGGGUGGCAGUGAGAGGCAUGCUUCUUCCGAGCAGGUGCACUGGGAGAGGCCACCACUCAUUCCCCCUCCACGUCGGAUGACGUUCAGGAUGGAAAUCAAAGAAUUUAAACUUUUGCAUCAGCCAGAGUCGGUAUUCAAGUUUACAGAUAGUAGAUAUUUAAAGCAAGUGGGAUAAGGGAAACCUGGCCUACCAAUUGUAGUUGUUCAGAGACGCUGUUUUUCAUUUCAUCUGUCUCUAGUUCCUUUCAAUCAUGUUAUAGAAUGUCAGCGUUUUCUUCUCCCUCCUGUUCUCGUUGACAGAUCUUGUCUCAAUUUAAUAGUAUUUUAAAUGACAUAUAUGUCAUAGAAAAAUUCUAGCCAUGUGCACGGUACAGGGUAUGUGUUACUAGGACCAUGUGUCAUAGAAAGAUUCUAGCUGGGUGCAGAGUACGGGUUAUGUGUUACUCUGUAGUAACAGGGAGUGUAUGCCACCCACAUAAGUGUCUGCAAAGGACAUUGAAAUAAGUAUCAAGAUGCUGAAGUGGAAAUCUUAACUUCGAAAAGAUUUGCACAGUUUUCCUCUUUAAAUGUUUUCAUCCAGUAAGUAUUUUUACCUUGUAGCUCUCAGCAGGGAACUACAAUUAAGUGCAGGUAGUCCCCAAUUUACGACAGGGUUCUGUUCCAAUGGCUCCUUCGAGCCAGUUCUGACUUAAGCAAAAUACCUCAUUUUUUUUUUUAAGUUUUCAUUAUUACUGCCUUUUAUUAUCAGUAUCUUUAUAAAUCCAACCUGUAUUUGUCUCUGAGAGUUGGCAUGAGGAUGAUAACAUCAGCAAAUUACGUGCUUCCACAUUGUAUGUAGUACGUAUUACUAACGGUAAGGUGUACGCCACCCCCACCUAGUGCUGUCGAGUCGAUUCCGACUCAUAGCGAUGUACCAGAAAAUAAAAAUGAACUAUCUUAAGUGCAGGUCCUCGUAACUCAAAUAUGUUGUAAGUCAGGGACCACCUGUAUUACAAAUUGCUGUAAAAUUGUUUCACGUCUUAAAAACGUGAAUCGCGUAUCUAUAAGUGAACAAAAAUACGUUUUAGAAAUCCAAACACAUUCACUGGAGGAGAGCAUUUUCUAGUCAUUUUCCUGAAAGAUGCAGAUUUCUGCCCUGGGUGAGGUUGGAGCUGUGGUGGCCACCUGCAUCACUCACCUCUUAGGGCAGACGCCACUCCGUGCAGAUGUCGAGGAACGGGGUGUAAAUAUUUGGGGAGAUGCCUAAAUGUAAAUGUUAACCUUCUUUCAUAAGCACUCACUUAAAAUUUUUUUUUAUUGGCAUCUAUUCACAUACCGUAAAAUUCACCACUCGUAAGCGUACAGUUGCAUGGUUUUUAGGGUUGUCACAAGGUUUUACAGCCAUCACCGCUACCUAAUUCCAGAAUGUUUCAUCACCAUCAAAAGAAACCCCGUACCUGUUAGCAGUCACUCCCCAUUCUCCCUUCCAGCCUGGCAACGACAGGUUUACUGUCUCUAUGGAUUUGCUUAUCCUGGACAUUUCAUAUAAAUGGAAGCACUCAGUUUUAAACGUGAUACUUAACUGUACAAAUCAAGAGCUUUAUGGAAAAGUCAGUUCAGCCAGGAGGACGAAUAAUGUUCUAUAUUAUUUUUUUAAAGCCUGCUAGAAAUUUUAUAGCAGGCUUACACAUCUGAAGAAAUGUUGUAAAGCUUGAUUUUCAGCUUUUGAUGGCAAGUGCAGGGAGUCAGAAAGUCCUGCAAGAGUUCUUGGAGAGGUGUCAUCUGUACAGAACAGUGUACUGUCUCGUUCUAGCUUGUAAAGCUUUGGUUUUCUUUCCUGUAGUCCAGAUGAAGUCAGUUGGCUUAUGAGUUCACCCUGUGUAAAUGCUCUGUAAGUGCUGUUUCAGAAUUACUACAAGUUAUCUGUCACCUCCCUAAGCACCUUACUACUUACCCUGAUGUAUUACAGCAGAUUACCCCAAGACUUAGUAGCCUACGACAGCACACACUUAGUAAGUCACACUUUCCAUGGAUCAGGAAUCUGAGCACAGCUUAAUGGGGUCCUUGGGCUCAGGGUCUCUCACGAGCUGUAAUGAGGGUGUCAGCUGGGGCUGCAGUCAUCUCCAGGCUCCAAAGGGAGAAUCUACUUCCAAGUUCAGUCACUGGCGACAGCAGGAUUCAGUUCCUCGAGCUGUUGGACUAAGAGCCUAAGUUUGUUGUGAGCUAUUGGCCGAAGGCACCCUCAGCUCCUUGCCACGUGGACCCCUCCAUAGGCAGCCCUUUUCAUUAGAGAAUGCAAGUGAGAAAAGCCAGAGAGAGUCUUUUUUUUUUUUUAAACAAUUGUACUUGGAGAUUAUAUUCUUUCAGAAACCAAUAAAUUAGUUAAAAAAAAUAAGUGGAGAUAUUAAUUUGCUUGAGCAAUUUUUUAAAUAUAUAAUUCAGAGUGAAGCCUUCUAUAGCUGAAUCUUGGAAGUGACAUUUUGUUCAUUAGAAGCAAGUCAGUAGGUCUGGCCGACACUCAAGGGGAGGGACUACACAAGGGUGUGAAUACCAGGAGACUGUGAGCACUGGGGGCCAGCUUACAGUACUGCCCACCAUACCAAAGCUUAAACUGUGUCCUACACUCCGAGCUGCUCGUUAUCCCAGGCUCUUGUCCUGUUUGCUCUUCGUGGAUCUGCACACUGACCUGGCAGGAAGAAUUUCCAUACUCUGUGUUGAUGACACUUUAUAUUUUAAUCUAAGGAAGCCCCAGCAUCUCCUCACCACUGGUGGGGUUCCCAGUGGUCAUUGUCAAAAGGGAAAUGAACUAUGGAGUAAGGUGCUUUAUUGGGUCAGUCCAGAACAUGACUCCCCAGCUGCACGCCACUUGCUGUGUGCUAUAUCGUUCACUACAAGUCCUGUACUCCCAUUUUUUGUAUUUUGGGUUCUGUUAUGUUUCUACUCACUUCUUAAGUGUAUAAAUAAUAUUGCUCUUGGUGGGCUCUUUGGUUGACUGGAUACCAUUCUUUGAAGUCCUUCUAAAGCUCAUCUUUUAAAUUCUUAGAAUUAGUGAGAAACGAGAUGCGACUGUGAAAUAAAGAGUUGAAUUUUUA